UUUGGUGUGAGCCAUGGCAACGUUCUCCGAGUUGGUGGGGCAGAUCGUGGCUGUUCAUGAGGAGGAGGUCUCAAGGUUAGAAAGGCGGUGUGCUGACUUGCAAGAGCAGCUGUAUGAGCAGCGGUCAGAAUCCCAGCAGAGAACUGUGCGGCAGGACACACCGAAAGCCAACCGCCUGCUGGGCGCGAUGGGCUGCUGCUUUCAGUCACCCUUCCCCUUGGAGGCCCCCAGGCUCAAAGAGGUGCGGCCGAAGAAGGUGCAGAUCCAUUCGGAACCCAAGGAUGUUGGGAGCCCACGCGCAGAAGUGCCAGAGGACUCUUCGGAAGCCGAAAGUACUGAGGCCUUCUACCGCACCUUUGGGCCGGAUGUUGAGCAGCUGGGCUUCCGCAUAGCCUGGAACGCCUUGCCCAGCGUGCAAAUGCUCGAGGAGGGCAGCGCUGCCCAAGCAUGUGGCCUCAAGAACGAGGACGUCAUCCUUGAGAUCAACGGAAUGGAGACCGAGGGCAAAGAACGCUCGGAGCUGUUGCCGAAGCUCAAAGAGCGGCCGCUAGAGCUCAAGAUCCAGCGGCCCGCGGCUCAGGCCACUCGGCCCGUGUCCUCACUUCAGGCGAACCUGGCCAUGUACCAGGCACACUCCACGAACAGCAUCUUCUCGGAGCCUGAGGCCAGGGCCCAAAUGGACGAGGAGAGUCGGGAGAAACUGGGGCUGUCCCCAAACCGAAGCGGCAGCAUGAAACUCGGCCUGAAGAAGUACCUGGAGGAAGAGGAUGUUCCGGAGACGAUGGUCACCAGAACGGUACGAUUCUUGACUAAAGUGACGGGGAACGAGGAGCACAAAAUCAGUAGAGCCGAGAGGCUCUUCGUUGCAGCCGCCUCCUUUGCGCAAUGGUGGGACGGCCUCACCGAACCGCCCCGCAGAGGUUGGCUGCCAGACUUCAUCGAGGGCCGGUCUUUCAAGAGUUUCUCCGCGAUGGUCAUCAUUGUGAAUGCUGUUGUCGUGACCUGGCUUACAGACUGGAGCUUGAGCAACGGCGGCAAGAAUAUGCCGCCUGGCUUCGAGUUUGUGGAUCUCGCGUUUCUGCUUUUCUAUGUGGUGGAGGUUUCGCUGCGCCUUUCAGUGAAUCGAGGCUACUUCUUUGUCAAUGACAAUGCAGCCUGGAACAUUUUUGAUUUGCUCCUUGUGGUCUUCUCCUCCUUGGACGUGAUAUCUACAUGGCCGGGUGCUGGGGAAGAGACACCGCCCAACAAUCUGGGCUAUAUGCGUGUAUUCCGCAUGUUCAAAUUCGCCAAGAUUUUGCGCACCAUCCGCAUCAUCUCCUUCGUCCGCGAGCUGUCGAUGAUGCUCGAGAGCUUCCGGAAGUGCAUGAUCGCCAUGUUCUGGGGACUUGUGCUCUUGAUGUUCUUGCUCUACGUAUUUGCGCUUAUCUUUGCUCAGGGAGUUGCCAGCUUCCUUGCGACCAAGGACUCUGAGCUCCUACCGCCUGAAGAUGUAGCUAUCAUGAUGGCCGAGUUCGGCUCUGUGGGCAACUCCAUGCUAUCGCUCUACAUGGCUGUGACCGGCGGCAACGACUGGAAUGCCUAUUACUUUGUCAUGGACCUGAUGGGCUCUUUCUACCCUGCAGUCUUCUUAAUCUACACCUUCUUCUUCAUUUUUGCGCUCUUCAAUAUCCUUACGGGAGUCUUCGUGGAACGGGCCGUGGCCGCAUCCCUGCCGGACCGGGAGGAGCUGAUCUCAGAGGAGAGAAAGAAACUUUGCAAGCAGGUGGAGGAGCUGCGGGCAUUGUUCAAAGCCCUAGACACCGAUGGCUCCGGCAUGAUCACAAAGCAUGAGUUCCUCAACGACAUGCAGGAUGCGCGGGUGGUUUCGUACAUGCACUCCCUUGGCCUGGAGAUGCACGACGCGGAGAAGUUCUUUGACAUUAUCGCCGAAAACUCCAAGGAGGUGGACAUCGACACCUUCAUAGAGCACGGCAUGUCCAUGAAGGGCUCUGCCACAGCCCUGGACAUGCAGCGCCAGCUGCUGCAGACUUCAAAGGUCGCAGAGCGGUUGCACGCUUGGGAGACCAAGCACUGGCCGCGGGUGCUCAGAAGCCUUCGGCGCCUGGAAGGAGAUGACCGGAAAUCGGAGGCGAGGCCCAGGAUGCAGACCGUUUCAAGCUUGCGCUCCACACAGAGCCCACGUUCUGAGUAGCCCAUGCAGGGGAGUGGCAGCAUGACAGCCUGCUGCUUCCCAGCAGGUAGGUUUGGCCAGAGCCAAUUAGCGAAUCAGCUAGUCUCGCUUUGUUUGUCCCUGAGGAAGGCCUUUCGAGCCGUAGAAAGAUCUAGGACUCCAACUGAUUUACUCUCCUUCGCCAGCAUGGCGGGGACUGGGCGCGUGAAGUCGUGUUCGGCUGUUGCUUGUGGUUGUGUUCA